UUCAGACCGGGAGUCUCCAAUCCGCUCCGACACAUGUUGGCCAUAGUGUGUGUGGUGCUGCGGACAUCCACACAUCUCGCCACCCCAUCACCGACACCCCCGAAACAAUAACCUCUCCAUUGCUGUCGAACCCGGGACUCUUAAAAAAACGGAGGAGAGCAGACCGUGUUCUGGAGGGAGGGGGUAGCUAAAAAACUUGGUUCAUUGAGAAAGAGGAAGGAGGAAGCGCGAGAGGGGGGAAAAAAGAAAUAAACGAUUGAUUCAUCUUGGUUUAGAGAGACCGUGGAUACCAUGGGCUCGGACGUGCGAGACUUGAACUCGUUACUGCCUGCCGUGUCCACGAUGACUCCGGGUAACGGGAGCUGCGCUAUGCCGGGCAGCGGCGCUCCGCAAUGGGCUCCCGUGUUGGACUUUCACCCGGGCGCGUCCUACAGCGCUCCGAUCGCCCACCCUUCCUUCAUUAAGCAGGAGCCGAGCUGGGGCACCACGGAACCGCACGAUGACAACUGCCUCAGCGCCUUUACCGUCCACUUCUCCGGGCAGUUCACCGGCACGGCGGGCGCUUGUCGCUACGGACCGUUCGGGGCUCCAGCACCGACCCAAGCGCCGCCGAGCCAGCCCAGGAUGUUCGGCCACGGGGGUUACCUCAAUCACUGUGUCGACUCGCAGACAGCGGGCAGGAAUCAGGGUUAUAGUGCUGUGGCUUUCGAUACGACUCCAGGUUACGGUCACACCCCGAGCCAUCACACUCCUCAGUUCCCGAAUCACACCUUCAAGCACGAGGAUCCCAUCACCCAGCAGAGCAGUAUAGGAGAGCAGCAGUAUCCAGUGCCUCCACCUGUGUACGGCUGCCACAACUCAACAGACAGUUGUGCAGGGAGCCAGGCCCUGCUGUUAAGAUCCCCCUACAACAGCCACACAGCGGGAUACGAGACCGACAACCACAAUGCCCCGAUGUUGUACAGCUGCAGCACGCAGUACAGAAUACACACGCACGGGGUCUACAGAGGCCUUCAGGAUGUUCGGAGAAUCCCAGGUGUGGCUCCCACCAUCGUCAGAGCGAACACAGAAGCCAACGAGAAGCGUCCCUUCAUGUGUCCGUACCCCGGGUGCAACAAGCGUUACUUCAAACUCUCCCACUUGCAGAUGCACAGCAGGAAGCACACAGGUGAGAAGCCAUACCAGUGUGAUUUCAAGGACUGCGGACGAAGGUUCUCCCGUUCGGAUCAGCUGAAGAGACACCAGCGAAGACACACUGGGGUAAAACCAUUCCAGUGCAAAACCUGUCAGCGUAAAUUCUCCCGUUCUGACCACUUAAAGACUCACACUCGAACUCAUACAGGUAAAACAAGAGCUGCUGGUCGCAACGCAGCCUCCUUGAACUGGGAGGGCAGGAUGGUUGGGGCUGCAUCUUCUCCAUGACCACCAUCAAUGCCACUCCAUGAAGGGCCAACAUGGAUGGGUGACUGUAGCAGGGGGUGAACCAGGCGCGCUAGUUCUGGUUUUGUUUACCACCUUUUCCCCACUGCCCAACGCCUCACCACCUUCAAUCCACCCAGCCCCAUUCACUCCUCCCACCCACCUCCUCAACAUGGCACUUACAGUAAUAGAGAAUCCUGUCACUAGCUUGGAUGCACUGUUUGGAAGCCAAAUUCUUAACCUAAAUAAAACAUUGCCUCUAAUCGAGGUUGGUGAGGAUUCAUACAAUCCCAGUCCAAAGUUCAAUACUCUUGGUGAUCUGUAAAAUCAAAAGUAUUUUUUUAAAAUAUAAUAAUAAUAAUAAUAAUAUUUGAUCUUACCUAUUUAUCAAAUCCACCAGCACCUUUAUGAGUGACAGCUUUUUAAGUAAUAGAGGCCCCCCUGAUGAUAUGGAGUGGUACUCUCCAUCCAUGAGGAUGUAUCCUGCCAAGCAAAGGUCAGGGGAUGAAAUGCAUAGCAUGAACAAGGGUUGGGAGGUCUAUGGGACUGUACAAGUAAGGUGCUAGUUAAACCAUCCAAGGCCUACCUGCACUAAACAAUGGUAAACUUCCUCCCAGAGGAAGUACCCGACCCUUUCUUGCUUGCCAAGUUCCUGGCAGCAGUGUUAAAUGAACCUGAGCCCCAAAGGCAGUACUCCAUUAGAAAGGCCAUCCUCGAGUCUCUCACAGUACAGCUGUCCAUCCAAGCCAGGCUGUCCAAGUGACCAUGGCAGGUACUUCUCAAGUGAGGCACCUCCUCUCAGAGUCACCUCAGUCUCAAAGAACCCUCCUCACCAUCUCCAACCUCUCAAGAAUUCACCUGAGCAACCAAAAGUUAUUUUUAUUUUUUUUUUAAUCUCUCUUGGUUUUUCAAAACUUUUAGGAGUAAAUUGUACUUCUGGCUAUUUUUACACUGAAGUAACAUAGUUCUCAAAGGGUUAUAUUAUGCUCAAGCCUUUCACCUCAUUAAUUAUUGUAGAAUAUUAAAUCUCUUUAAUUUGGUAAAUAUCACUCAAUUUUUCUUGACAGCAUUUUUCUGUAAACGUGUGUAAAUGAUUCAGCUUCUGUCUAAUACGUCAAACCUAAAUUCAAUACAUAGCAGGACUUUUAAAGUUAUGUGGUUUAUGGGCAGCCUGAUUCUGAUCUUCUAACAGUUGGCCUAAUAUAGAGAGGGUAGUGUCUCGGAGGGUGUUAGUUUCAAGUAAGCCUUCCCAUUUGCAAAAGAUAUACCAGGGCAGCACAGUGUCGCAGCGCCAGAGACCCCGCUUCAAUCCUGACCUUAGGUGCUGUCAGUGUGGAGUUUGCACGAUCUCCCUGUGACUGCAUGGGUUUUCUCUGGGUGCUCUGGUUUCCUCCCACAUCUCAAAGAUGUACCUGUUAGUAGGUUCAUUAGGCCUUUGUAAAGUUGCCCCUACUGUGCAGAUAGGGGAUGAGAAAGUGGGAAAACAUAGAACUAGAACGGGUGCUCGAUGGUCAGCGAGAACUCAGUGGACUGAAGGGCCUGUUUCCAUGCUGUAACCCUAAACUAAACCAAUUUUGCACUGUGCCCAAUUGUACCUUCCGUCGAAGUCAGUAUAAGGCAGGAUAUAAAACUAAAAGGAGCCACAAAAGAUUGCUUAUGCUGGAAUCUUGAACAAAAACAACUGUGGACAGUCAGCACAUGUAGAAGUAGCACCAGUCUGAAGAAGAGUCCCGACCCGGGAUAUCAUCGCCCAUUUUUCUCUACAGAUGCUGCCUAACCCAUGAAUUCCUUCAGCAGUUUUUAUUUUUGUAGAGGAUAUAAAAUCAGUGUAUUU